AUGGACAAUGUCAAUAAAAACACAUACACACACGAACAACACUCGACAUCCUUUCUCGAUUGCAAGACUCUGAAAGGCAUCUCUUAUGGAAUAUCUGACAAGGAAAAACUGGAUAUCUUUGGAGCCAAAACACUCCCCGGAGAAGCACCCAUUUUUGUAUACAUCCAUGGAGGUUACUGGACCGACUUGUCGCGAGGAUCGAGUGGUGUUUACCUGUGUGGUCACUCAGCGGGCGGUCAUCUGGCGGCCAUGAUGCUGACCAUCAACUGGAUGGAGGAAACCAUGGUCAGUCCCGGCCUCAUUAAAGGUGCUGUGUUAGUCAGUGGAAUAUAUGAUCUGAUGCCUCUACUAUCCACCUAUGUGAAUGGACCUUUAAAGAUGACCAAAGAGGAGACUCUUCUGAGUAGUCCUAACUCCCAUCUUCGAGCGUUGGCAGAAUUGAGUAGCAGUCGAAGAAUAAUUGUCGCCUUCGCAGCACACGAUCCACCAGAGUUUCAAAGACAGAGCGUUGAGUUUAAUACGAGCCUUAUACAAAACAACUUGCAUUCCACCAUGUUGCUUGUUCCUGAUUGCGACCAUUUCAAUGUCAUAGAAAACCUGGAGCAGGAGGGUUACAUUUUAACGAAGGAAACCCUUAAGCUGAUGGGACUGAACAUUGACAUAAUAAUGGAUAAGAUGAGACAAGCUGAUAUCUCCUGACAAAUGAAGUGCCAAACAACAUCGCAUGCUGUGCAGAAUGGCCAAAAACUGAAUGUCUAGUCUUUAACUGGAUGAAACUGCUUGCUGAUUAUUCAUUUGCAUUGAUAACAAUAUGAUGUUAUUAUUCUCAGAUAAGACAAAAAUUAAAGUUGUAUUUUCCUUCUUAAUACAAUUUAUGUAUAAAACAAGCUGUCACCUGGUUACAAGAUGUGACCCAUUGUCAAAGACUUUUCCUGGUGACCUAGUUUGUGUACCCACUUUACCCUCACACACACAUAGCCAUUAUAUUGCCAUGAUACAAAUUAAUACAAUUUUAAAUAUAAAUGUGAACUAAA